AUGUCGCAAACCGAACAAAUCGUUCAAUCUCUCCAGAAGCGUCUGCAGGUUCUUGAGGAUAAAGAGGCUCUCUGUUCGCUUUUGAACGAAUACUGUAACAUUGCCGACGCGCACGACUGGGUAGGCUACGCCAACACCUACACGGACGAUGCCAUCAUGACUUUCGAAGAGUGGGGCGACACACACGGGAAAGAGGCCAUCGCGAAGGCAGCUUCGGCCGAGGAACGGUUCGAAGGACUGCAGCACUCCAUGACCAACAUGCAAUUCAAUGUUGAUGGCUCCGACUCCGCUACGGGGACGGCGUAUCUCUGGUUCUGCGCCACACCCGCCGUGAAGCAGCCUGAGGUGCACUACGCGUUUGGCGGUCCAUACAAGUUCGAAUUCAAGCGGACGAGUCAGGGAUGGAAGAUCUCCAGGAUGCAUUUGAAGAAGAUUUGGGCGCAGGGCAAGGACACUGAGCGUGUUUUCACGGCAGCCUGA